UCGCGUCACAAGAUGGUGCUCUGAUCAACAAGCGCGUCAUCGUCCCCAUAAAAACGCAUCGCUUGCAAGCAGCAAGCGCAGUUGGCGGCACGUCCAGAGCCGGCCCUAAAACGAUUUGUUCUGUUCCUGCAGAAUGAAAACUGCGCUCGGGCUCCUGCUAUGCAGCAUCGCUUUUUCAUCUAGCGUCUGCGAAAAGCACGACUAUGGGCACAAGAAGCUAUCACGGCGUUACAUUACCGCUGCAAAUGAAGGUUCUAGGUCAAGCGAAGACGAAGAUGUUGGAGAGCCGCUUUUUCUGACGCCUCUAAUAGAGGCAGGAAAGUACGAAGAAGCCUUGCAGAAAAGCAGGGUAGGCAAGAUCGGUGACGUUCCAGAUGUGACCAGCUACUCGGGCUUCAUCACCGUCGACAAGGAGCUGGGCAACCACCUCUUCUUCUGGUUCUUUCCCGCCAGUGAAAAUUCCGAAAGCGCACCAGUGUCGAUGUGGCUUCAGGGGGGACCCGGGACGUCUUCACUCGAAGGUCUGUUCGUGGAACAUGGUCCUUACUUCAUUGACGAGAACGGCGAUCCACAGAUGCGGGACCUGACGUGGACACGAAUCAUUUCGAUGCUGUACAUCGACAACCCGGCGGGCACCGGCUUCAGCUUCACGGAGAGCGAGGAUGGCUACGCGACCAACCAGGAUGACGUGAGCCGAGACAUGCUCGAGCUCCUGCAACAGUUCUUCACACUGUUCAGUGGCUACGCCUCCAACGAUUUCUACAUGUCCGGAGAAUCAUACGGCGGUAAAUUUGUCCCGAGCAUCGGCGCCGCCCUGCACGAGUCCAAAGACAAGCUCCGGGUGCCGAUCAACUUCAAGGGCAUCGCUAUUGGUAAUGGCAUGACAGACCCCAUUACUAUGCUUCUCUACGGGGACUUCCUGUACUACAUCGGGCUCAUGGACAAGCAGCAAGCGAGGCACAUGCAAAACGAGUGCGAUCGUGCGGCGAUCCUGAUCCGGGAAGGGAACUAUGUGGAAGCUACUGUGCUGACGACCUCUCUCAUCUUAGGCACUGUCGCUGGACAAACUACGUACUUUGGAAAUGUCACGGGCUACGAGUACUGCUACAACUAUCUGAUGACUCAGAAACCCGAGCCGCAAACGCGGUUCAAGUAUUUCGUUGACACCCCAACGGUGCGCAAAGCCAUUCACGUCGGGCAAAUCCCUUUCGAAGGCGGAUCAUCGGACGUUAUGGUCCACUUUGCCGCAGACCUUAUGAAGUCCGUUAAAGAACGGUUGACCGUGCUGGUGGAAAACUACAAGGUACUCGUCUACAACGGUCAUCUGGACAUCAUCGUCCCAUACACUGCAACCCAGGCAAUGAUGGACUCUCUGCAGUGGUCGGGUAGCGAGGAGUGGUCGAACGCCGAGCGGAAAAUCUGGCGUUCGCACGACGGUCAGCACAUACAUGGCUACGCUAAGAACGUGAGGAACUGCACACUGGUGCUGGUUCGGGACGCAGGUCACAUCCUUCCGUACGACCAGCCGGAGGCAGCGUACGACAUGAUCACCAGAUUCAUCCACGAGGAGCCGUUUGCAGCGUAGAACACGCACAUCAAUCACAGAUCGCGGAAUAGCGGGGUACCCGAAGGCCGUCAUGGAGGGUGAAAGCAAGCUUGCCCCGACGGGAAGGCUGAAGGGUUUUUUGGGCUAAAAGCAUAAAGCGGGGUUCUGAAGGAACCUUAUCAGAUGAGAUUUCUGGUCUUAAAAGAGAGUGUGCAUUUUUGUCCGGAAUGGGGAAGAGUUGUGAAAACUACGUGUCUGCAGGAAUUUUGUGACGUCUUGUAAGCUUUCUUCGGGUGCCUUACAGCGUUGAACGAGUCAGUGUGGAUGUCGACCCCACUAAUGUUAUCCAGUCUAUUGACGGCGUUUAAUACAGGGCUUGCAGCUCAAGUAGUAAGGCACCUAGAAUUUCUGUCCCGUAGCAUCGAGUGUCCUGAAUUCGACGGUGUGUUGGAUUGGGGCGAUCGCAACUCAGCCUCCCCGUUUUUCUUCUGACACGAACUGCUUGUUUGUUUUAACCCAAUAAAGACGGGUUUCUUCUUU